AUGGAAAGGCUCUUCCAGAAAGAGAUGGUCGACAAAGAAAGAGAUCUGCAGUGUGCUAAAGAGAAAGAAACUGAAUUGAGCCUCAAACUAGAAAAGAUAGAAACUUUCAAUCAAAUUCUUGACGCAGAGAAUGAAGAUUUGAUGAGGCUCGUAGUAGACUACAGGGAAGCCUUAGACCAGAAGGAGAGGAAGGUCGACCAUCUGCAAGAAUUACUGGCACGUCAAGCAAGAGAGUCUGAGAACGGCCGACAGAAACUGAGGACUCUGGAAGUGCAAAUGAUGGCCAUUGAAGGCACUGUAGAAGAACUGGAAAACCAACUAAUGGCCAUUCAAGAGAACCAAGAAGCUAUCCAAGGAAAACUCGAGCUCACUGAAUCUGAAAACUCUACACUUAGGGAGGUAGCAGCUGACCUAAAAGAUAAAAAUUGUGAGCUCGAGAAAAACCUGGCAGACGAGACCCAUAAGAACUUGGUACUAGAAGAUCAAGUUCAGUUCCUAGAAUCAGUUUUGCGCGAAAAGGAAUCUCAGUUGGUCUCUGCAUCAGAAAUUCUAAAUGCAGAAAGAGCGAAAACUGAGAUUAUGGCACAAGAACUACAAGUGAUGAGGAACUGGGUCGCAGAACUAGGAGGAGAGAAUGAAAAGUGCAAAGAAGAGUUAGCAGCAAAAGCAGCAGAAGUUACUUCACUGCAGAAAGAGUUAAACAAUGAGAAGAAGCUGACCCAAGUUCUGGCUGGAGAAGCCCAGGUUAUGAAGAACUGGGUGGCAGAACUAGGAGGAAAGAAUGAAAAGUGCAAAGAAGAGUUAACAGCAAAAGCAGCAGAAGUGACUUUACUGCAGAAAGAGUUAGACAAUGAGAAGAAGUUGACCAAAGUUCUGGCUGGAGAAGCCCAGGUUAUGAAGACCUGGGUCGCAGAACUAGGAGGAGAGAACGCCACGCUUCAGGAUGAGGUAAACAAAACCCACCUGAUAGUAAAUUCACUUCUGAAGUCUUUAAGGAAGGAGAAACAGAGGAGCAGAAAUCUCCAGGAUGCUCUCCAUCAUGGGAAGGAGAUGGAAAACUUGCUGAAAGAAGAAAAGAAGAGAGGAAAUGAGAUGGCGACUUCCCUGAGAACCUUCAAAGUAGAGCUCAAUAACAGGGACCUCCAAAUUGAAAACCUCCUAAACAUGGAGAAGAAAUUGAUAUGUGAAAAAGAAGAACUUGUGGAGGAACUAGGCGUUGCUCUCAGUCACGGCAAGGAACUGGACAGCUUGCUGAAGGAGGCAGGCCAGAAGGCGACAAAACUCGCAAACGAUCUUGAUAAAGAGAUCCAGAAAAGGGAAUACCAGUUGAGAGAUCUCUUGGACAAAGAGGAACAACUCGGAGCUGAAAAGCUAGAGUUGGAAGACAGAUUAGAAAAUGCUGUCAAUCUUCUGAUUAAAGAACAGCGGGAAAAUGUAAACUGGCAGCAAAUGUUACAGGAAAGGGAAAAAGAAGUAGAGAAGCUGAGGAAAGAUGAAAAAGACCAUCAAGAACAGAGGAAGGAGAUAGAGAACAAACUGCAGGUAGGUGAGAAAGAGCUCCAGCAACUUAGAACGGAAUGUGAAGAUCUGAAAGAAAAUUGGAGGAUCCAAGAGGAAAAGAUGAUAAAGGAACAACAGCGUCUCAUGGAGCGCCAAAGGAGACAGCAAGAGGCUCUGAGGGAACAGGACAAAUACAUGCUAAUGACGCUUCUCCACGGGACAGCUCAGAGGAACUUCCAUCUGCAGCACAUUGCACUGCAACAUGGAACUGAAACUCUGGACAGCAUCAAUGAAAAGGAGAAGCAAGAUGAGGACCUGUGGCUGAGGAAGGAGAAACAACACAGGAAAUACUGCGAUGCCCAGCAAGAGAGGACCAACUACCCGAAACAGUGGGACGUCCUAACUCAGACGUUGACGGAACUCACUCGUGGAGAUUCUGACGAGAACUGUGAGAUUUCCAACGGAAAAAACGAUGACAAAACUUGUCAUCAAAGCAGUGAAAGAUGA